UGUGGUUGAUUUCUAUUGAUUUGCGGACCCCUCAGUGCCAGUUUGUUUCAGUGCACCUUUAGGGUAAGUUGAACUGUGACCACGGGAAUCGACCGCGUCGUGUGUUGGAUCAGUACGGACAUACGAAGGUACUGGGUAGAGAGAGAUCGGAACGAAGACAACAAUAACAACAACAUUUCGCUCAUCUUCAUCAUCAUCACCGGAUUUCCUCCACAAGAAGAAAAGUUUGACGGGAAGGUCAGCCGGAAGAGGCGAAGGAGAGGAGGAAGGAGGAGAGGGCAUAUAUUUCGGAGGCAGCAGCUCAUGGGGAUCCGGCGCAACAAGGGGAGAUGGACAUCAGAGGAACACGACGCUUUUCUUCGCGGGGUCCGCCGCUUCAAGCGCAACAACUGGGUGGGCAUAGCCACCCUGCUGCCCACUCGCACCGUACUGCAGAUCAGGACGCACGCCCAGAAGUACUACGCCAAGGUCGACAAGGGGGAGCCAUUCCCAGACGAGCCAUACCCCAGUCAGCACGAAGCCGCCGCAGGUAAAUCUAGCGCUUCCGCCGGUGCCUACCUGUACGAACCCCCGUCGCCACCGCCGCCGCCGUUGCCGCCGCCGCAGCGGCAACCGCAACAGCAGCAGCAGCAGGAACAGCAACAGCAACAGCAGCGGCCGCAGCAGCAGCAGCCACCUCAGAUGGCGGGCGAUCCCACGAUCGUCGUGGUUAACAGUUGGAUGGAGUCGCGCCCUAUGUUCUCGCAAAUGCCAGAGGCUUGUGUCGGAACCAGUAGCGCCGGCGGGAGCUGGGGCGGGAGUAGGGGCGGGGGCGGGAACGGGAGCGGCGGAAGGAGAGGAAUUGAGCUCAUGCCCGACCCACGGUACCCAGACGUUCUGACUAGCGGCGCUCAGCAACAACCGGCGCCGCCUGGACCAACGGGGUUUGCGAGCUGUGGCGGUGGCGCGGCUAGGUUCACGAUGCUGUCCCCCGCGGACAUGGUUUUCAGCGGCGGUAAUACCACCUCAGGUAGUCCUCCGUUUGCUAACACCACUCGGGGUAUCUUGGACGGGGGAGAUUAUCACCAGUAUGACUACCCCACGGCAUCUUCCCUGCAUGCUGCUUCGGGUUCCGCUGGCUUCGGCGCUACAAUGGACGCCCCAACCGAUACGUUGCCGAUGACGAUGACGAUGGCGCCUUUGCCGGAGUGGGGUGCCGUCUCCGGGACCGACAGCAGCGUGAUGAUGACUUCGACAGCGUUGCCUCCGCCUUCCUUCGCAGCAGCAUCACGACCCCUCUCCUCGCCGCCACCCCACUGCGGCUCUGCCGUCAACCCCACUAGAAGGUUCGCCGCAAGCUCCACCGCUAGCUGUGCCGAGAGCGGGGGCGGCAGCUUCCCGCUGGGGAGGGACGGAGGUUUCCAUGAGCAGCAGCAGCAGCAUGAGUUCAGUAAGCCUCUCGUAUUCCGCACGGCAACCACAGACAGUAGCCACAAUGACAGCAUCCACGGCGGGAUGACGAUGACGGAGCACCUGCAGUAUCAUCAGCGCGAGGAGCUUCGGCACCCCAAGUCCGAGCGGGAACACCAGUAUGUCGCGUCUGAGGGGGAUAGAGGGGUUGAGGUUGCAUACGGGGGACAACCAAGUCAGCAGCAGCAGAGCCAGCUGCAGCAACAACAGCAACGGCAGAUUCACCAGCAGCACCAGCAGCAACAACAGCAACAGCAGCAACAGCAACAACAAGAGCACCAGCACCAGCACCAGCAACAACAGCAGCAGCAACAACAACAGCAACAGCAGCACCAGCAACAACAAGAGCAGCAACAGCAGCAGCAGCAGCAGCAGCAACAGCAACAGCAGCAACAGCAGCAGGCGCUGGAAGACCUGGUUCCCUUCCACGAAUUGCUGGACAUGGAGUUUCGAGACGGUGACGUCACUAGCAAUGGUGCGGGAAUCGAGACGGGCAAUUUCGGUUACGAUUUCGACCCUGACCUGGCCAUCGAUUUCGGGAUACUGUAGAUCGAUGGGUUAUUUGCUGACAUGUAGAUAGACCACGCAAAGGCGCUCGCUUAGUUAGUAUCGAUGGGUUUAGAAUCGAGAUUACCGAAGCAGUCAGUAUCCUAUACGUAGAACGUUAUGGGAUUACCCAUUUGAGUGGUGUUGCGUGGGAGUGAUACUCGCGGUGUAAGCCCUCGGGGUUGUGUGCUAAGGUGAGAGUAAUGUGAUCUAAUUUGUCUCGGUAUCUGAGUGCCCUACUGUAGCGGUUCACUCCCACGUCAUGCUUCUGUAUGCUCCUGCGGGGUUCCCAAAAGAUCUGAAUUCGUGCCUGCUCUUUCGUCAAUAUUUUCUGUAUGCCUUGCUCGAAAAAGGUGGGGGGGGCUCAUGGCCGCGCUAGGUGGCGAACAGAAGCAGCACCAGUUUUUCUUACGACAGCGCUGUGAAGUAGAAUGUUUGAUUUACUUUUUAUGUGUUUGGCUCGUGGGUCGUCUCCAUGGCGCGGGUGGGGGGUCUGUGCAACGUUGGGGUAGUCCUCGAGCCGUAAGGUGCGAAUGGCUUCUUCCGCUCCGAUCGGCAGCAGCAUCAAAAGUAGUACCUUCCAAGCGUGUUUCUCAAACAAUUUUUCCGUUCCUUGUACUUGUAUGUCUCUUUUGGCCAUGGGUGUCCCAGCAGUGUAUCAUUGUGGACCCUGUAUUGCGAUCGUUCUUUCUCCCAGACUACCGGGCGUUUUGCGAUGGUUAAGAUGCUUGUCAUGUACCUUUGUUUGUUGUCUUUUCCUCUGGAGGAUGCUGCCGUGGUGGGCGUAUCGUCACGCGUUGCAUCAUUUUGAGUCUCGCGGUGACGACCUAGCUCCGCGCAACAUUCUGAAUAUAUAUCAAUGAUCGGAAUUAUGUCGAUGUGGGGAUGAAUGCCAGCAAGCAACAGCUGCUCACACUGCUGAUAGAGCCGUGCAGACCGUAUCCGACCCGCCGUCGUGUCCGAACGUAUAUCCCCAUAACUGUUUCGCGACGCCUCUCUACUGACGCGGUCUUCGAGACUGCGAUUGUAUCGAGGUGACAUGAAACUCGGCCCUUGUUUCCAAUUGGUGCGCGUGGCUUGUGUCUGGUCAUGCUGAAGUUAUUUUUUAUUGUUUCAAGGAAGCUUCAAGUAUGGGAAUCUGCGAACAAUUUGUGUUGUUCUUCAUCUUUGAGGGUGGGUGCUCGUGCGUGCGUGUGUUGAGCGUAUUCUCGGUGUCGUUUUUUUGCGCUGCGUGGCAAGUAAUUGGAUGAGGAUGAUGCGUGUUGGUUUACGAAGGUGGUGGGCUGGGAGAUUUGUGUUGUUUCGUCCGACGGUCAAGGCAAUGUUUUAGGUGACAUUUUCAGAGAACGUUUGCCUGCAAGUCUGGGCACAGCAGUAAAGCCGCCUCUUUUGUUGUUGGAUGGCAAGUGAGUUUCAUGUGUUUCAGCAAGUGUCUGUGUCCGCUGUAGCUCAAGAGGAACCCUGUUUAGUUUUGGGAAGAGCCGAUUCAGUAGGUCGUUUGACUCGUCAACUUGUUGAUACAUACGCCGAUAUUUUUUGUUCGUGUACGUUGGAUUGGUUCAGACUUUUUUCGAGUGUUGUGCCGCUCGUGGAGGAGGAACAAAAUAAAUCAAAUUGCUGCGCAUGAAGACAUUGUAAGCGAAAAAUACUGCUGGCAAAAGAUAACUGGCAGCAGCCCUUGCUCGCGGCAUGGGGGCAUGUCGGCCGGCGUACAUGACAUCUAUUGCAUGGGAGUUGUGGCAAAGGCGGGAUGUCGGGUGGAUCGCGGGCCGUGCAGCAGGGGUCCGACAAGCGAAGAAAAUAGUGCUCUUGAUUGUGAAGGGUGGCCAGUGGGCACGGUAACGGGGGGGUUGAAGUGACCUGUAACCCCUAAGCGUUGUGCAACCUGCGUAACCCGGUCGGGCGCACCGUUGCCAACCUCCAAGGUCGGGCAGGGUUCCGAAACGCCGGCCCAAACCCAGUUAAGGGACAUUUGUAUCUGUGCAUGGUUGCAGGCGAGGUUGUUCAAGCCCGAGAAUGUCCAUGCCUUGCCGCGAAAACUAUGUUCCAGCCGAUGUCCACAGAGUACACGACACACCGAUUUAUCGGACAUUCGCGGCAAUUAAAAGAAAAAAGCUUCAAGAAGAGUGCCGGCAUUUGUAAGCCCGAUUUUUUUAUAGUUGACUACCGUUAGACGCGCAACAAUAUAACAGUACACCCCCCCCAUCCCCGCACCACCGGUACUAUUUUCAAAGGAACCUCCUCCUCCUCGCCGCUGAUCUGCAACCAACUGCCCAGCGGUCACCCCGCGAGUAGCCCCUCACCCCUUCGUGAGUGCUUAUUAUAUCUUGCAGCUGUCGCGUUUUGGGGGCUCUGUUCUUGCACCCCAAAGAAAGGCGGGUUCGUUCUUACUCUUAACACCACGUCGGGCCUGAGCACGCACGUGUGUUGCUAUUAUUGUUUUGUGGUCAAUUUCUUUGAUUUUGUUUUUUUUCGAGGCCGCAUUUCGUAACUGCCAAGUUCUUAAGUGCGAGCGCCAUCUUUAUCUUUUGAUCAUGAUGUAGUGCCGGAAGCAACAUAGACAUGGGCCUAUUCUAUUUGAUACAUAUUGUUGCGUAGAAACACGCACGGCAACGAUUGGGGGGCAAAGCAAAGACUGAGGAAAACAGAGAGAGUAGGCGAUGAUAUACUAAAUACAUGUAUACGCUGCUUCUCUCUGUAAAAGUCAAUACGACAACACGUACGUACGUACGUACGCCUGUCUCCUUAAAAAUAUACAACAAUAAUCAAUCGUGGUCGAAUAUAGUAUUAUUAUAUAAUAAUAAAGUCUUUGCUGAAACGAAUUGCGCGCUCAGCAUUAAACAAUUAUAUACUUCGUAUACAUGUUGCUGCUGCUAUGGAACAUAAAAACUUAGCUUACCAAAAACUUGCCAUUGAACGAUUGGUAAUGGAAGACAUUACUCGGAGUUUCUGCUUUGUGCGUGGGGGGGACCGCAGAGUAUAAGUGUGCUCUUAUCGGCCGCGUGGUGGGUGGUGUUGCCACCGUUGUUUCCGCCCCCACUCACUAACUUGUAGAUUCAUAGAAUUUGUGAUCAAGGCUACAUAUGUUUCAACAUGUAGCGCAGCGGUCAUCCGUCAGAUAUUGUAGGCUUAAGUUUCUGGUUCGACCCAACCCGCGCUAUGUUUUCUUCAUCAUUCACCUUGAGGUACAAUCUCUUUCUUCCCCUCGCUGCCUCGGCAAGGUUUUGCGAAGGCAUGACCCAUAGCGAGGGGGGGUGUCAUUCUAGCGAGCAGGGCUAGACUCACCCUCAAGGGACCGAUACCUUCUUGCUGCGGCGCACCCGCCGCGAGGCGUGCGUAGUGGUGGAGUUGGGUCGGCACUGGUGCAGCUGCGCGGGCCUCCAGGCCGUCGGUGUAGGCAGCAAUGCUCAGCUCAUCUUUGUGCGCGGAGGCAGACGUCAUCAGAAAGAUGGACGGGCACUAUGUGCACGGCCCUAGGUUUGCUAGAGGGAGCUAUACUGUCUCAGUAACCUGGUUUUGCCAUCAGAGGAGGAGGGGAUAGGUGGUGACGAGCUGAUUGGGCUGGUUGACCCUUCGGCGCGAGAAUUUUCAGACCAAGAACCCUAAGUGCAAAGAGAGAGAAAGCGAGGAACCGACUGGGAAGGACAGCAACGAGAGCGUGUACGAAUCGGAGCGGGUCGAGUUUGGUCGUGCUUGGACUGGUCACAGCGGCACCGGAGCAGCGGAACCGGAGCAGCAGCGGAACCGGAGCAUGCGGACGGCAUCGAACCGUGGCAUACGGCCAAACAUCUCUUGUGUUGUCAAUUAUUUUCCAUUUUUUUCCCGAGUAUAGGUGUUGGCUGGGUGUGAUGACG